UUCGAAAAUGACUACGCGAUCACUCCAAACCCUAACCUCACGCCGCUCGUCUUCCCGCGGUAUAGCAUUUCACCAUCCCAGCUCCUCAUAUCGCUACACGAGCUUGCCACAUUUCUCAACUCGUGGAGCCUACCGGACCUCCCCUGGGACGCGGCAUACCCGGACCGCCUUUACGAAGUCGAAUACCGCGUACUUCUCGCGCUCUUUAACGGCAACGGCAACGAUGAUGAAGAGCCUAGACUAGCCGUGCAGCCCGCAGGGUCCUACCUCAGCCAGAGCCAGAGCCCCAGCCAGAGGCUCGGAGUCAUCCUACUGCACGCGAUGCUACUCUUCAUCUACACGAACCUACGCGAAACGCCGGUUGGCGGCGUCCUCCGUGCGCGCCUUCUCCGCCGGCUACGGGACGCCUUGGCCGCGGCUGCUACCACAGGCGAUGAUCUACUGCUCGACGACAUAGUCUGCACAUUUCCCGAGGAGAUGCUCUGGGUUAGCCUGGUCGGCGCCGCUACAGCUGCGGCCGCGCCGUGCGGCAGCAUAGCAUCUGUCCAUGAGCAGGAUCUCGUGCCUGCGAUACUGUCGCAGAUUCGGCUCAAGCACGGGCUGUGGCAGUGGGAAGAGGCCAGGCUGUAUCUACGGAGGAUGCCGACAUUCACGACUGAUUUUCGCACGGGAUGUAUUAAGGCUCUAGAAGAAAUUUGA